AGAGGAGCCCUAUUCUCCCUGCCCAGGGCCUUCCCACAUCCGGCUCCUCUCCCGGUUCCCCGCCCCCCUCCACCGGAAGCCCGAGGCAGUUCGCUAGCCCCGCGCUACUGCGGGCUCUCGGUGGCCGCGGUGGAUCCACAGGAUGGGGUCCAUGAUGGCGGAAGAGGAGUACCUUAACACAACCCAUGAGGGUCCCAAUAUAACCCUACAUACUACCCUGGCCAUCACUACCAAACUGGUGCUUCCAACUCCUGCCAAACCCAUCCUUCCAGUCCAAACUGGAGAGCAAGCUCAGCAAGAAGAGCAGUCCAGUGGCAUGACUAUAUUCUUUAGUCUACUUGUUUUAGCUAUUUGCAUCAUAUUGGUGCAUUUAUUGAUCAGAUACAGACUACAUUUCCUGCCAGAGAGUGUUGCAGUUGUCUCCCUAGGUAUCCUUAUGGGAGCAGUUAUAAAAAUCAUAGAAUCUCAGAAACUGGCAAAUUGGAAGGAAGAAGAAAUGUUUCGUCCAAAUAUGUUCUUUCUUCUCUUGCUUCCUCCUAUCAUAUUUGAAUCAGGAUAUUCAUUACACAAGGGUAACUUCUUUCAGAAUAUUGGUUCCAUCACUCUAUUUGCUGUAUUUGGCACAGCAAUUUCAGCUUUUAUUGUAGGUGGAGGAAUAUAUUUUCUAGGUCAGGCUGAUGUAAUUUCUAAACUCAACAUGACAGACAGUUUUGCAUUUGGCUCCUUGAUAUCUGCUGUUGACCCAGUAGCUACUAUUGCUAUUUUCAACGCACUUAAUGUGGAUCCAGUUCUUAAUAUGUUAGUUUUUGGGGAAAGCAUUCUCAAUGAUGCAGUCUCUAUUGUUCUGACCAACACAGCUGAAGGCUUGACAAGAAAAAAUAUGUCCGAUGUCAGUGGGUGGCAGACUUUUCUACAAGCCCUUGGUUACUUCCUUAAGAUGUUCUUUGGCUCAGCUGCACUCGGCACUCUAACAGGGCUAAUUUCUGCAUUAGUAUUAAAGCAUAUUGAUUUAAGGAAAACACCUUCCUUGGAGUUUGGAAUGAUGAUUAUCUUUGCAUAUCUUCCUUAUGGGCUUGCAGAAGGCAUCUCUCUUUCAGGUAUCAUGGCCAUCCUGUUCUCUGGUAUUGUGAUGUCUCAUUAUACACACCAUAACCUUUCCCCAGUUACACAGAUCCUAAUGCAGCAAACCCUACGAACUGUUGCCUUCAUGUGUGAAACAUGUGUGUUUGCAUUUCUUGGUCUGUCCAUCUUCAGUUUUCCUCACAAAUUUGAAAUUUCCUUUGUCAUCUGGUGCAUAGUACUUGUGCUGUUUGGCCGAGCUGUGAACAUUUUCCCACUGUCCUACCUCCUAAAUUUCUUCCGGGAUCAUAAAAUCACUCCCAAAAUGAUGUUUAUCAUGUGGUUUAGUGGUUUACGUGGAGCAAUUCCAUAUGCCCUGAGUCUUCAUUUGGAUCUGGAACCCAUGGAGAAAAGGCAACUGAUUGGGACAACUACCAUAAUCAUUGUUCUCUUCACCAUCCUGCUACUAGGAGGAGGGACGAUGCCUCUCAUUAGACUGAUUGACAUUGAAGAUUCAAAAGCCCGAAAAAGAAAUAAGAAGGAUAUCAACCUCAGCAAAACAGAAAAAAUGGGUAACACCAUUGAGUCUGAACAUCUUUCAGAACUCACAGAGGAGGAGUAUGAAGCCCACUACAUCAAGCGCCAGGAUCUCAAGGGUUUUAUGUGGUUUGACGCAAAGUAUCUGAAUCCUUUUCUUACCCGGAGGCUGACCCAGGAGGACUUGCAUCAUGGCCGAAUUCAGAUGAAAACUCUUACCAACAAAUGGUAUGAAGAAGUACGCCAGGGACCAUCGGGCUCUGAGGAUGAUGAACAGGAGCUGCUGUAAUGCAGAAGGCUCUAGGACAGUCACCAGUGAAAUUAACACCAUUGAGAUUUUUAGUCAUAUACAAGGUCUGAUGCUAAAAGCUGUAAGAAACCUUGAAGUUUAUGCCUCCCCGGAGGCAGCCCUGUAUGUAAGUAUGCUGCACAUACAGAUACUGUUAGUAUGACCUCCUCCAGAUGAGCUAGUUUUGUUUAUAGUUCUGUGGUAUUUAAGAACAGCUAAGUGGCUUCAAAAUAAUGAAUGAUGAAUUCUUAAUCUUGAAUUUCCCAGACCUCCAAGCUAAGAUGGUUGCUUUGAAAUAUGUGUUCUUUUCUUGUUAUUUUCCUGUUUAAGUGUCUGUCAUAAAAGUCUAGCAUCAAUACUUACUUUGAUAGACAAUUCUACAAGAUAGAUUCUCUACAGAAUUUUUCAUUAUUGGUUCCCAGCUGGGAGCCAUCAUAGGUCAAGCUGUGAAAUUGUGUGGCUUUUUGUAAAAAAGAAUCUGUCAUUUCUGACAUUAGCAGUGACCAGCUCACAGUAGUAGGACUCGGUAAUAGUGUAGGGGUGUACCUUUCAAUUGAUCUCAGCCUUUCCUAGGCCAGUGUUUUCACUGUGCCCUCACAAGCAAGCCUGCUGAGUUGGCAGGCACAGUCUUAACAUGAGCAAACAUCUGUAUGUAUAGGACUGGAAGCUUACUAUGUCUUGGAUGGCCUCCCUUUCAAAACAACAGUGACCAACCAAACCCAUAACUGCAAAACACGAAGGAUUUCAAUCCACAGAAAUAGCAGUUUUAUUGAAAAUGACAAAGCACAAAACACCUAUUUUUUAGUACUCCAAAGAAAUAAAAAUUGAUAUUAUCUUUUUUGUUUAACAUGCUGACACCAUGUACAGAAUGUUACAGUAGCAGGCAGCUAGUUUCUCCAGGAAAUACUGUGAAUGUUUACAUUUGAACCCUUAGCUGGAAGUAAGUUUUAUUUCUUCAAAUGUGAUUAGGAGGUAUGUCCUAAUGUCACACUGCUCAUAGUGGAGUCUUAGGUGAAAUUCUAAUUCUUGCCCCUCUAUAGUGCCAAAUACACAUUUUUGUAUUGGUUGACCAACAUCUAUGAUUUGAUGUAUAUAUACUUUUAAAAAGCAGAAAGAACCUUCCAAUCACCAUUGGAAAUCAGAAAUCUGAUUUCUGACACAGGGCAGCAACCUGGUCAUUUUGUCUGGAGGAGCUUCUGACUACAGUCUUGAGCUCACCUCAUUCAUACCACACUUCUUUCAAUUCUUUCCAAUUCCUUUCUGUUCAAACUUCUCCUUAGCUCACCAAAGCAUUCUUACCUGCCUUACCACACACCACCUGGCUAGCAAGGGGACUGUGCAGAGCCUUUCGCUGACAUGCCAUCCCUUUUCACCAGCACAGCUGUCUUUAGAAGCUUCUCUUUCUUACCAUAACCAUUUUUAUUGUCUUCAUCAUCUGGUGAAUUAAAGUAUUAACAAGGAUUGUCCUAUUUCCCCUGGAAAAGCUCAUUUGAACAAUAUAAAUCUUUUUUUUUCAUUUUAUUUAGUCAAUUUAGAACAUUAUUCCUUGGUUACAAGAAUGUUAUUCUUUCUCUCCCUUCCCCCCCCCCCUUCCAGUAGCUAACACGCAAUUCCACUGGGUAUUACAUGUGUCCUUGAUCAAAACCUAUUUCCAUGUUGUUGGUGUUUGCAUUAGGAUGUUCAUUUAGAGUCUAUCCCCAAUCAUAUCCCAUCAACCCAUGUAAUCAAGCAGUUGUUUUUCUUCUGUGUUUCUCCUCCCACAAUUUUUCCUCUGAAUGUGGAUAGUGUUCUUUCUCAUAAGUCCCUCCAAAUUUGAACAAUAUAAAUCUUCCUCUAAAUCCCUGAGAUCCCCUUAAGAUGGAAGGACCUGAUAGUCCUUUCUAGGCUAUUGUGACAAACUUCAUUCCCUUUUCUUCCUGCCACCUGUGUGGACAAUUGUGACUCAAACAAACCUUUGUCUGCACAUACAGGUCCUAGGCAUUACUUCAUCUCUUCCAGUCCCCCUACCCCAAGAUAUGUGUUCCCCAGGCUAUCCAAAAAGUAGCUCUAUGUAGUGACAAAACUUUUUAAAUAUCUUUGAAAUCUACACAUUUAUACUUAUGAUGCCCAUAAUGGUGAGAAGCCACAUGCAAAGUAGCUAGAGAUGGACUUGGAGUUCAGGAAGACUUGGAUUCAAGUCCUCCCUCUGAUACAUACUAUUUGUGUGACCGUGGGCAAGUCACAUAACCACUUAAUGUCCCAGGCAGCCAACUUCCUAAGAUUAUAAAUUGUAGACGAGUUACCAAUCUGCAUUUUUGGAGGGAGUUUCCACAUUGGGAGCUCCUUUCAGUACCCCAAAUAUUCCAGCAUCAUGCUUCAACUUUUAUGUUAGUGGUUAAAUAUAUGAGGCAUGGGGAGUGAGAAGGUUUACACAGAUAAAAUAUUGUCAUGUAGAACGUUGAAAUUCCAUUAUACCAGUCUCUUUGACUGUUUCACAUUGAAAUGGAUCAGUAAAUAAUGACUUUGCAUAUGGACUUUUGCAGUCAAUACUGUCUUCACUACUGUAAAAUUUGAAUCCACGAGAAGUGGUAUAUUUGAUAUUCUUAGAGUAACAUCUGGGGACCCUGAAUAAUCAGCUCUAAUAAUAAUGCUAGUUGACAUUUAUAAAGUGCUUAGAAGUUGGCAAAGUGCUUUACAUCUCACCACAUCCCUUAAAGGUAAGUACUUACCAGUGGUAGCUAUUGUUUUCUUUCUUCUUUUCUUUUCUUUUUUAUUCUUUCUUCUUUUAUUUCUCAUCUUUAUUCUUUUAACAAAUGAAGAAACUGAAGCUCAUAGAGGUUUUGAAUGUGACUUGCCCAUGGUCACAUAGUUCAUGAGAGUCAGAGGUAGGAUUCAAACCCAGGGCUUCCUUACUCCAAGUCUAGCCAUCUCCCCACUAUGGCAGAUGCCUCCCUAUAACUAUGAUCCAUAAUAGAAGAGUCUUGACAGUCAAAGAUCCUGGGCCCUAAAGCAUUUUACCUCCACCUAUAUGGAAGCCAUGGAAAAAAUGUCAAGUGGGGUACAUCCAUAAAACCUUCCUGGAUCCGAUUUCUCAUUUAAUUUACCCCCAGAAUUUGCCUGAGCUCUGAAAUUAGCUGACUUUAAAAAGCUAUCCAACAUUAUUGACUACAUAUUCCUUUGAAGUUUGUGGAUAAUAGUAGCAUUUAAAAACAAACAACUGUUUGGUUGCUCUGGUGAUUGAGAACAGAAUUACAUACAUACCAGGUGAUAGCAGUUUCUCUGUUCUGAUCCUGCCUCAGUCACCAGAACCCUAUUCUUUAACCAAGUCAUUAUCUGCCUUUUACUUCUUGUUUAUGAAAUAGAAAUUACACUGGAGCAAACUCACAUACAUUAAACCCUAUGGAGAAGCUAUAAAAGUCUUUUAUUUGUUCGCUUAUUAAAAGGCAGGCUUUCUUAAAAGUGAAGAGUAUGCCUCUCUAACAUUGGUGGAGCUUUCCUGCCCUCUGCUGGAAGAAUACAGAUUUAACUCAACUACAAACAGUAUUUGCAUGUAAUUUAAACUAUAAUUGAUUAGUCCUGGCUAGUUUUUUAAAUCAGUUCUUCAUUGAAGGCAAAUGAACUUUCUUACAUUUUUAAAAGGAAAGUGACAAAUUUUUGGCAUAUUCUGAAAAAUGACAUAUCUUUGAACCACAAAUAUGCAGAAAGCACUUCUCUUAAGUAGAUUAAUACACUGAAGAUAUUAAAAUAUGUAAGUUUUAAAGGAAUAUCAAUAACUCCAAGUAUUUUUUAUAAAAUGUAUUAAUAAUCACUUGAAGUAGAAGAAAUUAGAAAAAAAAGAAAUAGAAAUUCAAAGCCUAAUAAUCUAACUAAAAUAUGACCACAUGUGUAAAUUCUACCUGGCUGAAAGCCAGCUUCAGCAGCCUUAUUAAGGGAAAGAGAGAGAAGGAGGCGAGGUCACCAAAACUUCAGUGUUCCCACAUAUCAUCAGAAGCAUGCAAAUGGGAUGUUGGGUAAAUGAGUUCUGGGGAACAAAUUCUAUCCACAUAAUUCCCCCUGUGAUUCCAUUGGGAGGCAAGCAUGUUGGUGAUUACACAUAAUCAGCUUAUAGCUCUAAAGAUCUCUUACUAGAGGUGCAUACAAUAUUGCACUUUCUAAGGGGAAAUCACAAUAAUUUGGGGAUAAGAGGGAAAUAAAAGAGAAAGAGAGCAAAAACAAUGUUUGGUAGGAGCAUUAACAAAAAGCCAAUUGGGGGCAAGUCCCUUUGGCAUAAGAAUUUAUAUUCAGAAUAAAUGUGUUCAACCCCUCAAAGUUCAAUUCACUACAUCCCAAAGUCCAUUCUGGAUCUUUGAUGCAGUGUAUGGUUUCUGCAGGGAUUUCCAUGGCGCCCUCUCCAAACAGUUCACUUUCUCCAUUAGAGAAAUUAGCAAGUUUCUGUUCUUGAAAUUUCUCUAAAAGAUAUUAAACCUUGCAUUAUAGGAUAAUAAUGCAAAUGUGAAUUUGAAUAUAACUUAUUUCCUAAUGAAUUUAUUUAUUAUUUGAUUUGCUCCUGGUAGGAUAGCCAUAAAACAGAAGAUUGAACAUUUUUAAGAGGUUGUUAAAAAAUUGGAAAGCCUUUUUUUCAUAGUUUUGAGAACUAGGAACAACCUUCAAGGUCAACUUUCUUACCACCUCAUUUUACAAAGGAGCAUAGAAGGAGAAUAACUUAACCAAUCAAUGCCACCAAAGUAGGAAAAUGUCAUUUAUAAAUAAUGCUGAGCAAAGUGUGAUACAAGACCAGUUCAUCCUUUGCCAGCCUUUAAUAUAGAAAACUGCUAGCUGGAUUUUUUCCCAAUGACCAAUAUCAGUUUCUUGAAUUUCAUGGCUUACACCUUUUGGUUUAGUGGCAUCUUCAGAAAUGGAAAAAGGCACAAAUGAAACAUCUUGUAUAAAACAUGAGGAGUAACUGAAAGGGAAAAAGGCCUCUCUCUUCCUUUACAGUGUGAGGGUGAAUGGAGGUUUAAGUGAGUGAGGCUUUCCCUAAUUUUGGCCCAUCCCCUCUCCUGUUUCCCAGCUGUGACUUCUCAGAAAAAAGGGGAAAGGAAGGUGAUCCUUCUCCCUUGGCCUUACACCCACCAGUUAUUGUCAGCUUCAUUAGCAGAUUUCAUUUGACAAGGGUGCCAGACUGGGUGAUAGUUACUCUGUCUUUAUGUGCUCAUGGAAGAGUUGACCACAGGCCCUGGAGGUAGCAGCAAAACAAAGGGCAGUCAAUUAGCUACCACUUUUGAGGCAUCUCACCAAUGCCAUUUAUCUGAAUUCAGCAAAGAAACAACAUUGAACAGCCACUUAUUAAAUACUUGUUUUGUACAGAGCAUCAUGCAUGAUGCUGAGGAAGAAAUGUAGUUUGGAGAAGCUGUUGUUCUGGCCCUAGUGAAUCUUAUAGUCUAAUAGGGCAUAGGAAUAGAUGAUAAGGUACCUAUAAAACAAAUGCAUGCAAUGCUAAAUUCCUUCCUGUAUUAUUUCACAUGUAGGAAAGGAGCACUUUAUUCUCCUUGCCCCUCUGGGCAUUGAGGGCCAUGUUCUGAUGAUUGGGAGUGGAGGGAAUCCUGCAUAUUUAGGUUGAUUUGUUGCUGAUACCAAAUUAAUUUUAACUUUUCCACAUGACAGCUUUUACAAAUUUUUUAUUGUUGUACUUCUUGGCCAGGGUUGCUAGAUUUCCUUGGGGUUUGAUUAUUAUUAAGUCUUUUGCUUUCAGAGUGUGUGUGUGGGGGGGUGCUUUUAAUCCUGUAGGGCAUUUUAAACAAGGAUAUGAAAACAAAUAGAAGUUAUGAUUAUUCUUACACCUUUACUCCUUCCUCCCCAAAUAAAUGAGCUCUGUUGGGGGGUUUUGUUUGUUGUUAGUAACUGAUUUCUGUAAAACAACAAAUUUGUUUAUUGUUGAUUUGUGAUUGAAAUGAGAGGAAGGUUGAAGAAAUAUAUAUGUAUGUAGCCACUAUGCUGGAAUUUUUCCAUGCAUAACUCAAGGCACCCAAUGCUGCAGAAGAAUAUAGGAAACAAUGGUAUGGGAUCCUGGUUGUUUAUUUUGAAAUAAAAAUGAACAUUGGUGAACUCUAAA